AUGUCGAGUAACGCGCUCACGACACCCACAACACGGCGGGGCACACCCGACGCAAAGUUGCUCCGGGAGCUUUUGACCGCCGUCCAGGCAGCAGAGCCCAGUGCUCAAGAACAGCCCGGCGUCUCCCAGCCCGAAACUGAGGCCAACCAACCUGCUUACCAGACCCAAGCCUACGCCGGCCAUCCGCAGCCGGGCCCCGAGGCCCCGGGCGCCAGUAGAUCGCCGUCCGGCGCGGCCGCUCAACCACUGCCACAUGGAUACGCCCACCCACAGCUGCCCCAAACCGACGCUCAGAUCCACCCAGAGUUGCGAUCUCCCCACGACCCUGCUGCUGUGGUGGCGCAUACCCAGUACGCUCCGACACCUAACAUGAUGCCGGCUGGCGUUCCUCCUCCGGACCAGCAAGUCGCCAUGCAAGGUACUCCGGCUCCCGUUGCCCAGCCCGCUCCGGCCCCCGAAGCGGCUGCGGCUGCGGCUCCUGCUGACGGCCGCAAGCCGAAGCGUGAACUGUCGCAGUCGAAGCGCGCUGCUCAGAACAGAGCUGCUCAGAGAGCGUUCCGUCAGCGGAAGGAGAUGUACAUCAAGAAGCUGGAGCAGCAAUGUAAGGACUACGAGCAGAUGGAAGUUGCUUUCAAGGCCCUCCAAGCCGAGAACUGCGCUCUCAGAGAUUACGCCCUCCAGCUGCAGAAUCGCCUGCUCGAGCUCACGGGCGAGCAUCCCCCUCCUCCUCCGGGUCUUAACCUGUCCCAUCCCCCCAGGAUAGACGCCCCGCAGCAACCAGGCGUCCCCCAGCCUGCUGGCGCGCAGCCUCCUGCGCCUGUUAACAACCUUGAUGCCGCCGCCGCCGCCGCCGCUCAGGCUGUUUCCGGUCUUAACAACACCGCCGGCCCCAACCAUCGUCCCGACCAGCAUCACCUCGCUCCCGCUGCCGGGAGCAGACCAGCGCCAGGGGCUCAGGACCCCUAUGCUGCAGCCCGGGCGGCCGCAGCGGCUGCUGCUGCGGCCGCUGCGGAUGACGACGCGCGCACUGCGGCUGAGAUUACGAGACAGCUGCAGGCCGAUGUUGCCACUGCUUCUGCCGGAUCUGACGGGCUGCCUGCUGCGCCGAUGAGCUCAAAAAACGGGAGUAAACCUCGUCGGAGAACACUCAAGAACCUGAAGCCGUCGGGCGAGAAGGACUCGGUACAGCAGCCUUCUUCUGACGCCCACACACCACAACGCCCCCGGCGAUUCACACCUGCAGUCCUGCAGUCUUCUCAGGACUCAGGAAGCACCAUCGCGGCGUAUAAUCUCGAUGAGCGGCAACAGCAUGAGGGGCUCUUGCGCAUCCCGCCUUGGGAAGUCUCGGAGGAGAUGAUCUCCCAGAACCAAGCUAGAGGGGAUGGUGCGAGGCUGUACUGGGGUGACAAGAUAGAUUGGGAUCCGGAUUGCUUUGCUGAGGGGAGGAAGAUGAAGAAGAAGAAGAAGAGGAAGAAGAGGAAGAGGAAGAGAGGUUCGGAUGCGUAUUCGUGA